GUCUAAUUGCCAUCCCUACCUCAAAGUCGAAAAAAAAAAUUUACAAAAAUAAUGUUCACCCAUAUGGGCUAUAUACACAAUACUAUUUGUCAAAUAUCCCAUAUAAAUCAGGCAAAACUCCUACCACUCCAUUAAACUACUUUACUUGCCCACAAAAUCUACUCUAAUGCCGACCCAAGAAUUCCUGAAAACCCUGAAAACAGCUAAAAGAGCAUUUCCUUCCACCAUUUCCUCUUCCCUCAACUAUGAACUAACCCCCAUUAAUACCCUUAUCAACUCUGCUUUCGACACCGUUUCAUCUCCCCACCAUACCAUUUCUUCUUUCCUCUCUUCUCUCUCCUCCCACCAACUCAUUUCCUUUCUCUCUGACCCAAAUGUCAAAACUUAUGAUUGUUUACGAAUCUUUAAUAUUGUGCUUCAUAAUCAAUCUGACCUAUCAUUUAAACCUGAUUUUCAUGCCCAUUUCACUGUCAUUUGCAGGCUAAUCAAAUCUAGGUUGUUCUCGGAUGCUGAGUUUCUGUUGAAAAAAUUAUUACUUGGCCCAAAUUACAGGUACCCUUUUUCUGAUUUUACCUCUUGGGUUGAAAAUUAUUGUAAAGAAUCUAAAAUUAUUACCAAGUUGUUAAAUAUGUUGCUCAAGAUGUAUUCUGAUCAUCAUAUGUUUGAUAUGGUAAUUACUGUAUUUGAGUACAUGGUGGAGAAAGAAGUUGAAAGAGAUGAGAGGACUUGUUCUGUACAUUUGUAUGCUUUAAUUAAAACUGAUAAGGUUGAUUUGGCUUUCGAGUUUUUUCGUCGAAUGGUGGAUUCGGGUAUGGAGGUUUCUGUGUUUUCAUUGACAAUUGUUGUAAGUGGUGUAUUGGGGAGUGAAAUUGCCACAGAAUUGGGGGAGAGAUCAGAAGGGGUUAGACCCAAUUGUAAACUAUUAUUGAUAUGUUCAAAAGGUGGGAGUUCGAGAUAGUUUGAUAUGGAACGCGAAGGUAUUGAGUUCAAUGAUACAACUUAUAAGCUUUUAAUUGAGGGGUAUUCAGGUUUUGGUAAGGUUGAUGAAGCAAGAAAGUUGCUUUUGGAGAUGCAGGACAAAGAUAUUGAGGCUGAGGUGCACUUGUAUGAUAUGGUCAUUAAGGGGUAUUGCCGAUUAGGAGAUAUAAGCAGUGGCUAUGCAUUACUUAGAAAAAUGCAGGAGGAAGACAUUGGCCCUUGUGGUGAUAUUUAUACAUGCUUGAUAGGUGCUAUGUGCAAGUUUCGUGUGAUGGAUCAGGUGAAAGAGUUGGUAGAUGAGUUGCUAAACAAUGAGGGAGGUGAGCUGAAUGAUGUUGUGCUCAAUGCUCUAGUUGACGGAUAUCAGAAAGUUGGGAUGGUGGAUGAGCUUGAAGAAGUUAAACGUAUGGUGAAAGUGAAGUGCCAUCCUGAUCAUAAAUCUUGUCAGGAUUCCAUUGAUGCCGUGCUCAAAGAUUGGUGAACAAUGAUGACAGAAUGAAAGCCUAUGAUAUGCAUUUGUCGCCUGUUUAACAUUGAAGAACGGAUGGAUGGUCCUGCACUUAGCUCUGAACUGCAAAAAAAUGAGAUAUUUUCAACCAUGUAACAUCAAGAUCUACUCAAAAGCCUUGUCUAGUUCGUUUUUGUCUGCGAUUUGGGCAGUUCAUGAUAAGCUCUGGUUGCAAGAUACUUGAAUGGAUUGAUACAUUUCAAACAAAUUUUUGGGGAGGAUAUGUAUAGAUGCAUAGCUAAUUUGUGUAAUUGUGAUAAUCGGCGGCCCAACUAGUGGUAAUGUGCAUCACAGUCAAGUUUUAUUGGAAGGAUAACGCACCAGUUCUUUCCUAUCAUUGAGAUGUUGCACUGCUUAGUAGUUUAUGAUCCAUAAGAUACUGAGGGGUCUUUCUUGUAGCUGUCGGAGCUGUUGCAAACAUACGCAUAUAAGAUCCCUAGUGGAAUCUUGUGAUCCUUGUGCAAAUUAUCGUGUCGUGCAUUUCCUGAGACUCGGAAAAUACAGCAGUACAGCAUUAUGUACCAUCUACCGGAGAUUAAAAUCCCUGCAAAUUCUAUAUAAGGCAUACUAUUUGGUGCAGCAAACAGUGAAGCAGAAACAGAGAAUAUUAUUCUUUUGUCCCAAAAUAUUUGCUCUUUGCCAGUUCCAUUACAUCAGAACAUGCUGAACUAACGUAGUCUCUGCUUAAGCUUGAUUCUAUUGUUUGGAAAUAAGACAAUUCCGUCCCAUUUGGUAAAUGAUAAAGUAAUAGAUAGUGAUAUAGGUUGUAUACAUAUAGUUUUAGACAGAAAAUAUCAUGUCAAAGCCAAUUGUAACUAAUGUCCAUGCCCAAACUCGUGUUUGUAUUCAUAGUACCCAUUAUUACCUUAGAAGUGAUAUUAAGUGGGAAUGAAAUUUUAUGAAGAAAAUGACAUAAUUAGGGAUAUGGUUCUACUACCAUGACAAUGUGUAGGGGAUUUUCCUUACAAGUUUCAAGUUUGUGUACUUUAGGCUAUGUUUCGAAAAUUUGAAGGUGAAUAUAGAAGCACCUUUCUUUAGGUGAUCACGGUUUUCAAUGAACAUUUGCAGUUUUAGAAUGAAUAUUUGUAGGAUCCACCUCAAUUUCUCUUUUCUCAACUUUUUUGCCCCAUGUGUGUUGUAAAGAGACAAACAUACAGUUUAUUUCAAUGAAUAUUGUAGUAUAAUGAAUACAUGUUAUUGUUGAUUUAAGAUUUACAAUUUCGAAAUGAA